CGCAAGCCCCUCCCUUACAGGCAGAUCUCUGGUGGUAGGUAGGGGGGACCCUGGAAAGGGAAGGCAGCAGCCCCUCCCUGGCCCCGCCCCCUCAAGUUGGAAAGUCAGAGGGAGAGAGAGGUGGCAAGAUCCUUCAGAGCAGACCAAAGGACCAGCCAGCAAGAGGGAACAGCACCCAGGGACCCCAGGUCACAGCUGUGCCUCCAGGCAGGACACCCCACCUUGGCUAUCUUGCCUCGGCUCUCCCCUGCCCCAGGGCUCGCUCCUCCAGACACAAUGAUGCUCAGGUUGCUAUUUCUUUCCCUGAGCGUCCUUCAGGUCCCUCUCAGCGAUGCGCAGGGCUGCCUGAGCAAGCGAUCCGUGCUUGCUACCAUUCGCCAGAUGCAGAAACUGCUGUCCAGCCAGGAAGCUGCCCAGCUGCAGGGCCUGCGCAGCCUCAGGAAGCAGCUCACCGUGCUCCAGGGGAGCGUCCACAAACAGGCCACGAGGAGGAACGAAACAUGCCCCCAUCUGGCUAUACCAACGCACGGCAGGAAGCUUGGGAGAAAAGUGGGCAUAGGACAUGAGGUGCACUUCUUGUGUGACGCUGGCUUCCAGCUGGUGGGCUCUGAAUCUCGGCUGUGUCAGGAGAACAGAACGUGGAGUGGACAGCAGCCCGUUUGCAAGAGUAUUGAUGACUGUGCCAGCCAUCCCUGCACCAACGGGGGCACCUGUGUGGAUGAAGUGCAGCAAUACGCCUGCCUCUGUCCGAGUGGCUGGACCGGAAAUAACUGUCAGACCCCAGCCACCUCCUACUGGGUGUCUCUGAGUAACUCAUCCUUCAGCCGCCAGCCCCGAUGUGCUGAGAAUGGGCAGGGUGCCCGUCAGUGCAGCUGUGACUUGGGCUUCCAGAUGCGUGCCGGCGGCUUGUGUCAAGACGUGGACGAGUGCCAGAUCUUCCAGCUGAACCAGCAGAACAGGAUCUGCGUGCACAGCUGCAUCAAUCUACCUGGGUCCUACCGCUGUAUCUGCCCCCCAGGCUACCUGCUCAACCCGGACCAAAACACGUGCGAAGAUGUGGACGAGUGUGCAGAUCAGCAGCACAACUGUACUCGAGGUGAGCUGUGCAUCAAUGUCUUUGGGGGCUUCCAAUGUGUGCGGCCAGAAUGUCCUCGGCCCCGGCACAACACCAGCUAUGUGAAGACAUCAGCCUUCCAGUGUGAGCGGAACCCGUGCCCAGUGGAUAACCAGGCCUGCCGACAGGCGGCCAACUCCAUCUCCUUCCAUUACCUACCCCUUCCGUCCAACCGCACGGUGCCCCGAGUGCUCUUCAGGAUGUCCACCACCCGCUUCCUCGGAGAUAGCCUGCGCUUUGCCAUCACUGGCGGCCGGGGCCUUGGGGCCUUCGCUGUGCAGCGCUCAGACCGGCACACUGGGGAGCUGGUGCUGACCAGUCCCGUGCCGGGCCCCGCCACCCUGGAGGUGCAGCUGGAGAUGAGCGAGCUCUCCAAGAAGGUUCUGCUGGGAAAGCACAUCUUCCGGAUCACCGCAUUCAUCUCCCCCUAUGAGUUCUAGCUCACUGGCAGUGGGGGCCCUCCUCUGUGUCCGCAGCUGCUUCACAUCAAGGCUAGGGCUAAGUAAGACCCACAGCUGGAAGCAGCGGCUGCUCUUCUUGCUUCCUUGCUCUUUGCCCUAGUAUGCAGAACUGGGAUGCUGGGGGUGGGGGUGGGGACAACAACCAUGACCUGCGGAUCAGGACACCUGGGUUCAGGCCCUGACUCAGCCAUUUGUGACCUGUAUGAGCCUGAGAGUGUCACUCCCCCUACCCUGGGCCUCAGUUUCCUCGUCUCUAGGGUUAGACUACAUUAGGUCCCUUCUGCU